AUGUCGCGCCCUCCAACUACCAGGGGGCCCCCACCCUGCCGGGCCUCCUCACUGCCCGGGUCUCUACUUCGACGCAAGCCGGCCACUUUAACCUCCGUCUACGCUACGCUGCCAUUAAUAUUCAUCUCCAAUAAACAGUGCAACCAGACCGUGAGUUUAAGUCAACACAACUCUGACAAAUUGGUGGUCAGCAGUGGAGAAGAGGCAGUUCUAGGGGAACUGAUGGAGAGGAAGCAGCCCACAGGUGAGCUAGAAUCGAGGAGGGGGUCCCAAGAUCAGCUGGAGAAGUGUCCAGGUGAGGAGAAAAAGGAAGAAGAAGAAGAAGAAGAAGAAGAAGAAGAAGAAGAAGAAGAAGAAGAAGAAGAAGAAGAAGAAGAAGAAGAAGAAGAAGAAGAAGAAGAAGAAGAAGAAGAAGAAGAAGAGGAAGAAGAAGAGGAAGAAGAAGAAGAAGAAGAAGAAGAAGAAGAAGAAGAAGAAGAAGAAGAAGAAGAAGAAGAAGAAGAAGAAGAAGAAGAAGAAGAAGAAGAAGAGGAAGAAGAAGAAGGAGGAGGAGAAGACGAAGAAGAAGAAGAAGAGGAAGAAGAAGAAGAAGAAGAAGAAGAAGAAGAAGAAGAAGAAGAAGAAGAAGAAGAAGAAGAAGAAGAAGAAGAAGAAGAAGAAGAAGAGGAAGAAGAAGAGGAAGAAGAAGAAGGAGGAGGAGAAGACGAAGAAGAAGAAGAAGAGGAAGAAGAAGAAGAAGAAGAAGAAGAAGAGGGAGAAGAAGGAGGAGGAGGAGGAGAAGAGAAAGAAGAAGAAGAAGAGGAAGAAGAAGGAGGAGGAGAAGAAGAGGAAGAGGAAGAAGAAGAAGAGGUAAAAGAAGAAGAAGUAGGAGAAGAGAAAGAAGAAGAGGAGGAAGAAGAGGACGAAGAAGAGGACAAAGAAGAGGUAGAAGAAGAAGAGGAAGAAGAAGAAGUGGAAGAAGAAGAAGAAGAAGAAGAAGAAGAAGAAGAAGAAGAGGAAGAGGCAGAGGAAGAAGAAGAAGAGGAAGAGGAAGAAGAAGAAGAAGAA